AUGAAUAUUCUUCAAGCCUUAGUGCAAGAGGGGUUGAUCACUGCUUCCGAGAUGGAGGAAACAAAAUUGGAUAAGGAGAUGAUUUCAACGGAAGAGUUGGAGGCUAUAAUGAUAGAAUUGAAGAGAGAAGAAAUAGUCAAAGAGUUUUUAUAUCGUUCUGAGGAGAUUUCCAGGUUGUUUGGUGAUGCGGAAGAAGAAGCAAAAAAAAUAGCGAAUUCAUUGAACCACUCUGUCGCAGAUUCUUCCAACAAUGAAAACACAAAUCGGAAUGCUUCUCUUAUAAAUCUCAUCAUACCUUUUGCUAGGAGGAUCAAUCAGACCAAUGACUUUAAACUUGUGGAUGCUCUUCUUCAAGAAUUAAAAAUCAAAAUAGCUGAGUUGGAGCCUAGUGACGCUAGACCAUUUUAUUCAGGUUUUGUUGGGACAGAUAUUUACCCUUUUGCUUUAUUCUGUGAUGUAUUACAAUACCGAAAGAGAAAUCUGCACGAAAGAGCAAUUGGGUUGUGUGAUGAGUUCAUGCAGUUACCAGGAGUGGAAGCGACAAAUCUUUAUGGAUUAGUUUUAUAUUUACGAGGAUGCUGUAUGAUGGAUUUAAAACGAAAUGUAGAGGCAAUAAUUGAUUUCACAAAAGUAAUUUCUGUUUAUCAGUACUUUAGGGCAUAUAUUUCCAGAUCUGUUGUUUUUCAAAGAACAGGAAAUGUUGAAAAAGCUUUUAAUGAUGUAAACGUAGCUAUAGAAAACAACCAAGAUGUCGCGCUGUUAUUCAAAUGCCGUGGAGACUUGUACAGUAAGAGUUUAAAAAAUCAUGAGCUAGCGCUGCGAGACUAUAAUCAAGCAAUUUUGUUAUCCUCAGACUAUUUCUCUGCUUAUCAAGAUAGAGCUCGUGUAUUUUUAAAUCUCAAGCAAUAUGAUAUGGCGUUGGCAGAUUACACUCGUUGUAUUAAGCUGAAACCCAACUCUAUCCCCUGUCUUCUAGAAAGAGCAAAGUUGCUGGAACAGCUAAGGAACAUUGAAGACGCACGAUAUGACUACAUCCAAAUAUUGAAGAUGGAUCCAAACAACAUGGAUGUUUCACAACGACUACAGCAACUGGGCUCCCCUAAAAGUUUGCCGUCCAGACAGGAAAGUCCAAGCCGGUCUGUCACUCAUAAGGUGCCUUCACCCUCAAAACAAGGACAUUUAGAAAAUGUUCGUGCUAUUUUACAAUCAAAAUUAUAG